CUCACCGGUUACGAUAAUGUACGAUUGGUAGGAUUUGACAGCUCGACAUUAUCGUCGCCCUCCUGACUGCAGCACCCUCGAAAAAAAGUCUCUACGAUGGUACUUGAGGCAGAAAUGAGUCUCAACCGCACUUGUCACACGUUGCAUUGCCAACUCAGCCUGAUGAGGUGGCGGGGCAGUGCGCCAGGCGUAUUUGACCACGUUACUCGAGUUUAAUCACACCAUCUCGAUGACGAUAAACCAAGAAUUUGAAGGCUUGCAAGGCAUUCUUAUCAGAUUGAGGUCCUCUUAAUUUGGGGACGAACUGCCCCAAAAUUCGGCACACACAAAGCCAGAUAACAUUAUCGAAGUUGAACUAUCCUAUCGUCAUCAUGAAGGUUGCUAUGAUAUCCGCUAGAUAUAUGGAGCAACACGCUGUAGAGGACUUUCUAGGGCAGGUGUUCGGGUACGGAAAAGCCCAGGUCACGUGGACUCGAGGGCGCUUUCAGUGCCUUCUACCUCGUGCGCUGACCAAAGAUGAAUUAGAGUCCAUGAAGGCAGCAGUUGACUUUGCACAUUAUGCAGAGUCGUGAUUUGUUAGUCAUGCAUCAUUGAGAAGCACAGAUACAAUGUCAUAAUGCAUGUAUAUGGGUGCGCAGGGCUUACAGGACGG